CCACUGCUCCGCGGGGGGAGCUCCCUGCCUCCCUCGCUGUCGCCCGCACGCCGGCUCGCCUCGGCGCCCGGCCUCCUCAUAGGCUGCCCCGACGCCGCCCCGUCGUCGGCCCACUGGAGCGGCUCGCCCCCCUCUUGGGGUCCCCAGCGCGCCGGGCUGGGCUCGGCGGAGCCCCCCUCCUUACCCCCCUUUCCCCCCGCCCCCCCCGCACGGCCGUGCAGGUGGAUCGUUCCCAGCGUUGGCUCGUCUCGGGCUCUUUUCUCCCCAUUCUGGAUGGCUCAUUCUGCUGGAAGCGCGGUCCUGCGUCUGCCUCUCCGCGCCCCCCGGCCCCCCCAGCCAGCAGCCCUUACCUUCGCCCGCCCGGCCCCAUGGCUCACCGGCCCUGCUCCCCUUAACGCGCCCCGGGCCAGCGCCGAGCCACACAAUGGAUCGGCUGUGGGGUCGGUGCACGCCGCUGCCGCUGCCGCUGCCGCCGCCGCCGCUGCUGUUGCUGCUGCUGCCGCCGCUGCUGCUGCCCCUGGUCUCUGCUGUGGAAGAAACGCUGAUGGACUCCACCACAGCCACCGCGGAGCUUGGCUGGAUCGUGCAUCCUUCAUCUGGGUGGGAGGAGGUGAGCGGAUACAAUGAAAACAUGAACACCAUCCGAACCUAUCAGGUGUGCAACGUCUUUGAGUCCAGUCAGAACAACUGGCUCCGCACCCGGUACAUCCGGAGACGAGGCGCUCAGCGCAUCCACGUGGAGAUGAAGUUCUCCGUCCGGGACUGCAGCAGCAUCCCUAACGUCCCUGGCUCCUGCAAGGAGACCUUCAACCUCUAUUACUACGAAGCCGACUUUGACUCGGCCACCAAAACCUUUCCCAACUGGAUGGAGAACCCCUGGGUCAAAGUGGAUACGAUCGCGGCGGACGAAAGCUUUUCCCAGGUGGAUCUUGGGGGCAGGGUGAUGAAAAUUAACACGGAGGUUCGGAGCUUUGGGCCGGUCUCCAGGAACGGCUUCUACCUAGCCUUCCAAGACUAUGGCGGCUGCAUGUCGCUCAUUGCCGUUCGCGUGUUCUACCGCAAGUGCCCCCGUGUGAUCCAGAACGGGGCUGUCUUCCAGGAGACCCUGUCCGGGGCCGAGAGCACGUCUCUGGUGGCCGCCCGGGGCACCUGCAUCCCAAAUGCGGAAGAGGUCGACGUGCCCAUUAAGCUCUACUGCAAUGGGGACGGGGAAUGGCUGGUGCCCAUCGGGAGAUGCAUGUGCAAGGCCGGCUACGAAUCUGUGGAGAACGGGACCAUUUGCCGAGGUUGCCCCUCUGGGACCUUCAAGGCCAACCAGGGGGACGAAGGAUGCACUCACUGCCCCAUCAACAGCCGCACUACUUCAGAAGGAGCCACUAACUGUGUUUGCCGCAACGGGUACUACCGAGCUGACCUAGACCCGCUGGAGAUGCCAUGCACCACCAUCCCAUCCGCACCACAGGCUGUCAUCUCCAGCAUCAAUGAGACCUCGCUCAUGCUAGAGUGGACGCCGCCCCGGGACUCGGGUGGCAGAGAGGACCUGGUUUACAACAUCAUCUGCAAAAGCUGCGGCUCAGGCCGAGGAGCCUGCACCCGCUGCGGGGACAACGUGCAGUUUGCCCCACGUCAGCUGGGGCUGACCGAGCCAAGGAUCUAUAUCAGCGACCUCCUGGCCCACACCCAGUACACCUUCGAGAUCCAGGCAGUGAACGGAGUCACUGACCAGAGUCCUUUCUCACCCCAGUUUGCUUCUGUCAAUAUUACCACCAAUCAGGCAGCCCCAUCCGCUGUAUCCAUCGUACACCAGGUGAGCCGGACGGUGGACAGCAUGACCUUGUCCUGGUCCCAGCCUGACCAGCCCAAUGGCGUCAUCCUCGACUAUGAACUACAGUACUAUGAAAAGGACUUGAGCGAGCACAACGCCACUGCGGUCAAAAGCCCCACCAACACCGUGACCGUGCAGGGCCUGAAAGCGGGCACCAUCUAUGUCUUCCAGGUGCGGGCACGCACCGUCGCGGGCUAUGGGCGCUACAGUGGCAAGAUGUACUUCCAGACGAUGACCGAAGCCGAGUACCAGACGAGCAUCCAGGAGAAGCUGCCUCUCAUCAUCGGCUCGUCCGCGGCAGGGCUGGUCUUCCUCAUCGCCGUGGUGGUCAUUGCCAUCGUGUGUAACAGGUGCGCCUCCCCCCGCCCUGGCCCCUUCCGUCUGUCCACCCGAGUGCCGGGCUCUGUCUCUCUGUCCAGGCACUACAGGCGGGGGUUUGAGCGUGCCGAUUCCGAGUACACCGACAAACUACAGCAUUACACCAGCGGCCACAUGACUCCAGGCAUGAAAAUCUACAUUGAUCCCUUCACCUAUGAGGACCCCAACGAAGCCGUUCGAGAGUUUGCCAAGGAAAUUGACAUCUCUUGUGUCAAAAUUGAGCAGGUGAUUGGAGCAGGGGAAUUUGGUGAAGUCUGCAGUGGCCACCUGAAGCUGCCAGGCAAAAGAGAGAUUUUUGUGGCCAUCAAGACCCUCAAAUCAGGCUACACAGAGAAGCAGCGCCGGGACUUCUUGAGUGAAGCCAGCAUCAUGGGCCAGUUUGACCAUCCCAACGUCAUCCACCUGGAAGGCGUGGUCACCAAGAGUACACCAGUCAUGAUCAUCACCGAGUUCAUGGAGAAUGGUUCCCUGGACUCCUUCCUCCGGCAAAAUGACGGGCAAUUCACAGUAAUCCAGCUAGUGGGCAUGCUUCGGGGCAUUGCUGCAGGCAUGAAGUACCUGGCAGACAUGAACUAUGUACAUCGAGACUUGGCUGCCCGGAAUAUUCUGGUCAAUAGCAACUUGGUCUGCAAGGUGUCCGACUUUGGACUCUCACGCUUCCUGGAGGAUGAUACCUCUGACCCCACCUAUACAAGUGCCCUGGGUGGGAAGAUCCCAAUACGCUGGACAGCUCCAGAGGCCAUCCAGUACAGGAAAUUCACAUCUGCCAGUGAUGUGUGGAGUUAUGGAAUAGUCAUGUGGGAAGUCAUGUCCUAUGGGGAGAGGCCGUACUGGGAUAUGACCAAUCAGGAUGUAAUCAAUGCCAUUGAGCAAGACUACCGGCUGCCCCCUCCCAUGGACUGCCCUAACGCCUUGCACCAGCUCAUGCUGGACUGUUGGCAGAAGGACCGGAACCACCGACCCAAGUUUGGGCAGAUUGUGAACACGCUGGACAAAAUGAUUCGAAACCCCAAUAGCCUCAAAGCUAUGGCGCCCCUCUCCUCUGGGAUCAACCUCCCCUUGCUGGACCGCACGGUCCCCGACUACACCAGCUUUAACACGGUGGACGAGUGGCUGGAAGCCAUCAAGAUGGGCCAGUACAAGGAGAGUUUUGCCAGUGCCGGCUUCACGUCCUUCGAUGUCGUCUCCCAGAUGAUGAUGGAGGACAUUCUUCGUGUGGGCGUCACUCUGGCUGGUCAUCAAAAGAAAAUUCUAAACAGUAUUCAGGUGAUGCGAGCGCAAAUGAACCAGAUCCAGUCGGUGGAAGUUUGACCUUCAUCCCACUUUCGCUCUCCUCUUCCUCAUGGCCCUGCUCCCCUUUGCCUCUGUGUGCCCCGGUCCCAAUUUCUGAGCGUCCUAUGUCCAACCACAGAGUCACCCACCUGUUCUGAGGACAGUGGCAAUGGGUGGAACCACUCCAGCAGUGAGAAGUCAUCAGAAACGCCGACAAUUUAAGCAAUGGGAAAAAAAAAAAAAAGAAAAGAAAGAAAAAAGGGAAUGGGGGAAAAAAUGAUAUUUUGGGGAAAACCAUAUAAAACUAUUUUUAAAGGACAAAUAAUGAAUGAAGAACAGCAGUGACAGUCUUGAAAAGGGCUCAUUUAGUUUAUUUUCCAGUCGGAGACCAAACGCCGUUUCUUCAUCUCCCUCUAAGAGAAUGAUCCCAGUACUGCUUGACCUAGACCAGAAGGAGAGGGAAGCUUUCAGGAAGAUGAAUGUGAACGUGUACCUUCUCUUCUCCCUCAGAAGGCUGCUAUCCCUUGCAUCACUGACAGCCAGCCCUCCCUGAGGCCUCAGUUUCCCCUUGGGGACACUGAAGGGGGCAGGUGGCCCAGGAGGCCUGAGGAGCCAUUCCCCCCAGAAUGGACCUGCCCCCACUCAAACUGAUGAAUUCUUCAGCUUUGAAGAUUUUAACAAACUAAAAAAGGAAAACAAAAAAGAGAGAAUGAGAGAGAGAAAGACUUUUUUUUGUUUUUGCAGGGGGAUGAUGGGCACAGCCCCCCUACUUCCCCCAAAAGGGGGAGGACACCGUACACAAGCAAUGGCCCAGUUCUUGCAAAAGACAGCUUUUGUGAGAGCCCCCUUUGCCUGGGCAUCUCCGUUCACCCUACGGCACCACCUUCUCAUACAUAUCACAUGCACAAAAUUUGGAGUUGGGUCUUCACCAUGUGCCAAUGACCUCUUCCUUCUCUCGCGCGCCCUCGCGGCCCGGGAGCGAGCAGAUCGGUGACUGGUGCUAAAGCGUUGGCUGUGAUUGCCUUCGGGGAAGAUUUGUCCUGUUGCUUGGUUUGUUUACACCAAUUUUGUGGGGUUGGGGUUGUUUUGUCGGGGUUUUUUUUUUAAAUGACAAUGAAGUAACACUUUGACGUUUCCUAUCUUUUAAGGACUCGGUCCUUCUCCUGGCAGGAGGACAUUUACACUUAUUGACUAGGCAAUAUACCGAGGGCAAGAUUUUAUGUGCCCAUUUCCUGAUUUUUUUAACAUAUGAUUUCCACUACCCCGUAGGGUUCCCAUCCACCCGGUCUGUCCCAUGUCACCAAAGCAAAGGCCACUCCAGGGCUGAGCAGGACUUGGGGCGGGGGAGACGCAGGCAGACUUUCAGGCAAGGAGGUAUCGCUCUACGCCCCGAGAUACAACUUAAACAAAUGUCCUUGGAUGGGAAAAAGAAAUUAGGUCAGUGCCGGCCCCACCUAUUUGGAAAUUAGCAGGUGGAGUAAGAAUAGGGAAGCAAGAAGGACCCGGGACUGACUAGCAAAAUAUAGUCACUAAUGUUCAGUGUUCUGGGACUGGCCCCCCACGAGAAAAGGUCCGACAGAGCCACCAGCAUUCCCCUUGACUGCUCUGAGAAGAGCAAGCCUAGUUUAGAAUAGCGGAGGCCCCCGGAGGAAGGGUCCCAGGAGUUCGGAGCAGACUGUGUCAGAGGCCAGGACCUGAGUCAUUCACUGUGAUAUCCCAUGAGACGGGAUUCCCUGUCCCUCGGAGGCUCUGCAGGUAACGGCCGCUCCCUCUCCGGGGUGUCUCUCCCAGCCUGAGAUCGGACCAGAGGCCCGGAGAGAAAGGCUUCGUGUGGCCCUGGGGCCGUCCCUGGCCCGUGGACCAGGACCCAGGUGCUGCCGGGUCUCCGUCCCUCCCAGGAGCAAAUGCAGAUGUUUCAAUGGAACAAUCAAGUAUAGUGAAUGGUACUGGAAUAAACACGUUAGUUACA